AACCAAAUACACAGAAAGCGCACCCUAUUCCUCUGGUCUCCACGCGCUGCCUAUUCCCUUAGGGUUCUGAAAACGGAGAAGAGUGGCGGGAGAAGGAAGAAGAAGACGCCUCUUCUCGUUCUUCUGCUAGGAGUGCCCAGAGAGCCAUGGUCAGGCUGACUGCCGAUCUCAUUUGGAAGAGCCCCCACUUCUUCAACGCCAUUAAAGAGCGUGAGCUCGACCUUCGAGGGAACAAGAUCGCGGUGAUAGAGAAUAUUGGGGCAACUGAGGAUCAAUUUGACACAUUAGAUCUCUCUGAUAAUGAGAUUGUUAAGCUUGAAAACUUCCCUUAUUUAAAUCGGCUCAGCACUUUGCUAAUUAAUAAUAACAGAAUCACUCGUAUUAAUCCUGAAAUUGGAGAAUUCUUGCCAAAGUUACACACUUUGAUUCUUACAAAUAACCGGCUUGUAAAUCUGGUGGAGAUCGAUCCCCUAGCAUCCCUUCCAAAGUUGCAAACUCUUAGUUUACUGGACAAUAACAUCACAAAGAAACCAAAUUACCGCCUUUAUGUGAUCUUCAAGCUGAAGAAGCUAAGGUUGCUAGAUUUCAGGAAAGUUAAACAAAAGGAGAGGAUUGAAGCUGAAGGGCUUUAUGCUUCAAAGGAAGCAGAAGAGGAGGCCAAAAAGAUACCUGCUAAGACAUUUACUCCUGGCGAGGCUACAAAUGCUACUGAUUCCUUGAAGGAAGAACAAAUUCCUAAAGUUGUUGCCCCUACACCAGAGCAAAUUAUAGCCAUUAAGGCUGCAAUUGUAAAUUCUCAAACACUUGAAGAAGUUGCAAGGCUGGAGCAGGCUUUGAGAUCUGGGCAAAUUCCUGCAGAAUUUCAGAUUCCAGGAAGAGGUGAAAACGAAGUUGACAAAAUGGAGACUGAUAUUGAGGACGGGACCAUUGAUGCUUCAAUCACAGAAGAGAAUAACAAUUCCACCACCAUUGAUCAGGACUGAAGAGAGUGCCCUGGCCUUGGCUGUCUAAUUAUGCAGCGAUUUGUGCUUCGCUGUGCCAUUGAGGUUAGAAAUUUUAUUUAUCCUUUCUACUCUAAAAGGAAGUGUUGUAAGUUAGUAAAAUUUGACUGUGUUCCAACUUUCUUGGUUUUCUAUUGCUAGAAACCUUGUACAAGUAAUUUAGUUUAUUUUUAAUU